GCAGCUUUAAAAUGAACAAACUAUAGGAAGGACUGACGAUUGACCUAGUGCCAGCUGUUUACAAUUUACGAGAAUGUGAUUAUAGAAUGGCCGCUAGUUCUUGCCUAAUUUUUGAAAAAGUCGUUGUAGAAGGGUAAAUUAUAAAUUAAACUAAUUGGACUUGAUAUUUCGAGCUAAUCAUGCAUCAUGUAAAUUGAAACAUUGCUGUUUAUGAUAUACAUUUAUUGGAAUAACAAAUAAAUAUUCUGAUUUCUUAGAUUAUACAAAUCAAAAAUAGCCCAGCAUUUUUCAUGUUACAUUAAAAUUUUAAAACUGAUAUAAAAUGGAGGAAGUUCCCAUAACUUUAUCAAAAAAGGAAAGAAAUUUCCCAACAUUGGACCUCAGUCAAUCCGAUUUGAAUACAUCUGAUCAACCAGUUUUAAUAGUACAGUCUCCAAAAACACCAACACUGUCAAAAAAAUUAAAAGCUGUUAGUCUUGAUUCUGAACCGACACCACAAUCAUCAAAUUUAGAAAUAUCCCGUGAUGUAUUUUCUAUGCCUAACACCCCCAAAAGACAAAUAAAACCAAAAUUAUCUUGCGAUUUUGAAGAUAGUCCUCAAAAGUCAACACUAGCUCCAGUUUUGAAUUCCAAUUUGAAGAAAUUUGCUUCAAACAAUAGUAUUUCAGGAUCUCAAACCCUCAAAACAUUGCCCGAAGUAAUGACUCUACAAGAUUUUUCUGACGGACCUACAUCAGCACCAGUAAAAUUAAAAGCAAAAGGUCUGUUGGAACGACGAGGCUCAAACGCGAGCCUUACUAUCGAUUUGGGUUCCAACUCUAGCAUUCCUGACGUAAAGCCAGCUGCUUUUAAUCGAUUGAAUACAGCUAAAAGUGUAUCUAACCUGACUUUAUCAACAUUUGAUUCAGACCAAAUCUGCAGUUGUUUGAAGAAGUGCGAGGCUCAAGCCAAAUGUAUUGCCAAUGAUAGGAGAAAGUCACAAGAAGCGUGUGGAAAUUGUACUAUUUAUGAAUCUGUUCCAAGUAUUAUGAGUAGUUGUGAGGCUACCAAGUGUCAGCUUCCGAAAAAAUGUAAUUGUUGUACAAAAUCUAGAAGAAAAUCUUUAUCAAAUGAAAACUUGUAUAUUCCUCCAUGCGGCUUUUGUCAAACCGGAGCAUUUAAAGAAUGUACAGGUACAUCAAAACAUUGUAAAGGUUACAGAAAAGCUUAUUAUCCGAGACAACCUGAUAUAGAAACCACACAGUUGCUAUCAGAAGAUUUCAAAGUACAUUUAGAAAACGUUCAGUACUUACAAACUGCUGGAAAUUUGCUUACUAUAAGCGAGUUACAAAGAGCAUGUGAGGUGUCACGUGUUCCAAAAUUACAUCAAGAAUUCUGGGAAGUGCCAUUAAAUCUUCAAGAGAAAUGUUAUGUUUCUGGCAGCCAAAGCCGUAAUAGAUAUAAGGGAGUUUUACCAAAUGAACACAGUAGAGUCCAUUUACCAGGACCACAAUCAUAUAUUCAUGCCAAUUACAUUAAAGGACCAGAUUAUACAGAGACUCUUUAUAUAGCUACUCAGGGGCCAAUGGCUCAUACAUGUCAAGACUUUUGGGAAAUGGUGUGGAGUACACAUUGUAAAUGUAUAGUAAUGUUAACAGGUUUAGUAGAAAAAGGUUGGAGUAAAUGUGAACUAUAUUUUCCACUUGGAAAAAAGGACGACAGUACAGAGAAGUCUUUUUACUAUGUUAAAACAACAAAAGUACGCGACAAAUUUACAUUUGAUACUAAAAUAAAUACUCAACAAUAUGAAGAAGAGACGCAAGCUUUUGAACAAUUAAAUGAAGUCACUUUUGGCAAUUAUAGGAUUACUUAUUUAAGUGAGAGUAACGUGGAAGAAUGUUACAUAAGGCAGUUAAAAUUGAAUAAAUUAGACUCUUCUGCAGAACCUCGAAUCAUAAGCCAUUACUGGUUGCCGAAUUGGCCAGAUCACAAAAUGGCUUGUCCGGAUCAAGUUUUAAAAAUGGCUAUUGAUAUUUUGAAUCUAAUGUUACCGAUGAGAAAGCUGGCUGAUAAUACUGUAAACGACAUAUCGAAAACAACUGAAGAAUCUCUUUCACAAAGUACAAAAUAUAAAACUGAUCUCAAAUCAAGAAGUAACUCUGAAACUUUUGAACCCAAAAUGUCAAAGAGGGAUGCAAUGCUUGCCAUAUCUAAAGGUACACCUGAAGCUCGUCGCAAGUCGAUGGAAAACGUGAAACUUCCCAUUAUUGUUCAUUGUAGUGCAGGGAUAGGUAGAACAGGUUGCUUCUUAGCGAUUCUCAACGGCAUCCAGCAGCUAAGGACAAAUGCAACUGUUGAUGUUUUAGCUAUUCUGUGUUCUCUUAGACUGAACAGAGGUGGAAUGGUACAAACAGCAGAACAGUAUGAACUCAUUCAUAGAGUUUUAAGUUUGUUUGCGGAAAGUAUGACUUAGGUAUAAUGAAUUAAUGUUGAAUUGUAUUUAAAGAAAUGUCUAGAGAUAUGUGGACAGAUUGAAGAAUGAAAAACACGAUUUUGAAUAUGAAAUUUGUCGAGCUAAUCAAUGAAUAGGAAUUCACUCCGAAUUCAUUAUAGAUUGGAAAUCCGUUGAAAUAUAUAUACAAACCAAUUUUGUGGUAUUGCCAAGCAGGAGAAAAGACUAAUUAGCUAAUUGUAGUGUGAAAAUCUUUUUAAAAACUUAUAUAUAAAAUAUUUAAAUUUACAUUAGAAAACGUUGGAAGUUUUUGUUGACUUCUGAUCUAAAAAAUUAAAAUUUUAAAUCUCUCCAACUAAAGUCAUAGUUAUUAAAGUUGAAAAAAUAGUGUUAAAAUAAUUUUGUUAACAGAAUGCACUCAAUACUUCACACAAUUUACGUUGAUAUAGAAUCUAAUAUAGUAAACAUAUAAGUAUAACCAUAUAUUAUAGUGACAAUCACAAAUGAAAAUUAGGAAAUUGAAGUAAAGUCAUCUUCCAAUAUUUGGAAUAUUCUUCAUCAGUGCGAAUACACAUUCUGAAAAAAAUAAUCCGCAUUUUUGUUUUAAACUAAAUUCUUAGAAAUUUGUAAUGUUACCUGCUUUGUUGUGGUCCCACAGCAUCGACUCUGCUUUGAGGUAACUUUUUACAUAAGCUUGAACGGUUUAGUUCCUUUAAAGCUGAGUUGUUUGUUGGGAAUCAGGAGCACUUUGAGGUAGGGAUGUUUAUAGAGUCUCUGCACGUCUCCUGGUGACUUUCCUCAUUUCAUCUGGAAUACAUUCGACUUGGAGGUUUCUAUGUAGAUUUUCGUUCCAAACACGCCAAGGAGUACUUGCAAUAUUCCUUAUUAAUCGGUUUCGAAGGGUUUUUAAUCUAUGAUUGCUUUUUUUAGUACAACCACAUAGUUGCAAGCCAUACAUCCACACCAAAAACCGUUUAUAUAUUAAUAAUUUGUUUUAAAUGGAAAGCUACUUUGUAUUCAACUGUUUAGUUUUUUCUUUAACAAGUUGAUUCCAUUUAAGUUUGAUAUCGAGAUUUAAGCCCAGAUAUUUUGCUGUAUUUUAUUAUGAACAAAAUAAUUUGAAAUAAUUUUUUUCUCUUGCUAUUAAAGUUAAUUUAUACCGAAGUAGAUGCUCUAGGCGGAUUGUGAAGUGGAAGUGACAUAUACGGGUUACGUCGUAGUAUUCCUUCUUCAAGUUUAACCGAGAUUUCAAUAACCGCUAAAUUGGCGCUGUGUGUUAAAAAAUGGGAGGUAAAACGAUAACGACGUAGUCCGUAUACGUCACUUCCGCUCCAGAAUACACCUAGAGCAUCUACUUACCUGUCUAUAUAUGACUGCCGUAUUUCAGUUAGUCACUGAAGACAUUUUCUUUCGCUUCAUUAUCAGGCAUUGGUGCCAAAUCUUCUCGAAUGCUUUAAAAGUAUCCAGAAAUAUGGAGCCAAUUUUAUGGUAUUCCAGUGAUUUUUCCAUUUUAGUUUUUUCCCAGUUGAUCCAAACUCUAUUCAAAUUUCUAUCAUGAAAUCCACAUUGCUGCGGUUUGAUAUUUUUUGACAACUAUGUGGUCAUUUCAGCCUAAAUGAUGCUUCUUCUACUUCCUGGAGAUCUGUUAAUUCUGAAGCUGCCUCUUCAUCUUUUCCUGAGAGGUGGAUUGCCAACUAUCUUUCCACCUUUUAGGUGGUCUCCCGGGAGGCCUUGAGCCGGGCGGGUUGUUUUCUAGGACUAUUCUCGGAAGUCUGUUCUCGUCCAUCCGUCUUACAUGGUUGUACCACUGCCUCUUACGUUGUUUUCCCCUUCUCACAAUGUCUUGUUUCCCGCACUGCUCUUUGACAUCUGUGUUUCUUACUCUGUCUCUUCUUGUUUUCCCCACUAUUGUUCUCAGUGUUUUCAUCUCGGCCACCCUCAGCAUUUGUUUCGUCUUGUUGGUGUCCUCGCGGACUUCCGUGCCGUACGUCAUGAUGGAUCUGAUACAAGUCUUGUAGAUUCUAAUUUUGCUAUCUUUGCGCAUGUACGGGUUGAACCAGACUAUAUCUCGUAGGCAUCCUGAUAGUGAGGAUGCUUUGUUAAUCUGGCUUCUUAGGUCUUUAACUGGAUCGUGGGUACUUGAUAUGUCUAUGCCCAGAUAUCUGAAUUGCAUAACUUGUUCUAUGGGAUUGUCCUCCACCACCAGCUUACAUUUGAGCGGAUCCUUCGCGAUUGUCAUACAUUUAGUUUUGCUGAUAGAAAUGUUCAUAUUCAGUUGGCGGCUUACCAAGAACUGGAAGAUUUGUUUCUGUAGGUCGUUUUCUGAUUCGGCGAUGAUUGCUGCAUCAUCGGCAUAGCACACCAUACUAACUCUUUUGUUGCCCAUUCUGUAUCCCAGGUUGAGACAUGUUACUUUGUUUAUAAUUUUAUCCAUGAGGAGAUUAAACAAAAAGGGACUUAGACUGUCACCCUAUCUAAUUCCUCCCGGUGUUGGGAUAUUUUCAGCGAAUUGAUCUCCUACCUUGACCUUUGUUACAUUAUUGUUAUUUAGGUUAUGGAUUAUCUUCGUUAUGUUUUCUGUUGCCUUAUUUUCCAACAAUAUAUGCAAAAUGUCUCCCAAGCGGACCCUAUCAAACGCCUUUGUUAGGUCACUGUAGCAGAUAUACGCUGGCAUAUUGUACUCUGUAGUCUUUUCUUUUAUUUGUUUUAUUAUGAACACUGCGUCUGUUAUUGACUGUUCCUUUGUAAAUUUGUGUUUUCAGUUUGUCCUUGAGAAUACUCGUGAAAAUUUUCAUUACCGUAUUCAAGAGAGUUGUUAUAGUUUUCUGGGCAGGUUUUUAGUCCUUUCUUGAAUACAGGUAUGGUGAUUCUGUUUUUCAGUUGAGUUCUGCUUCCACCUCUUCAUUAGCGAGCGUACCACUUAUAUCUGUAUUGUAUUCGUUUACAUUCCGCAUUUCCUCAGCAUCGCAAAGCUCUUUAUAAUGCUGUUGCCAUGUCUCCAUUGGUACUCCUUUGGUCUGCACGAACUCGUUAACUUUUUUUUUUUUCUCUUCAGAAGCAUUUUCCACACUUUCCUUUGGGCGCCAUACAGGUCGUGGUCCAUGUCACUAGUAAAUUAGCCCAGUGUGCUCUUUUGAUUAACCUUAUUCUUUCUUUCGACGGUGCGCUUUUGUAUGUUGAGUAACAUUUCCUUUUUGAUUCAGAGAGUUCUUUUACCUCUUGACAAAACCAUGGUUUGUUGUGGUUUGUCGCGUUUACAUUAAUUUUACGCUUUCCGAUCGCUUCCUCCGCUGCUUCUUUGAUGCAUUUCGCAGUACUUUGCCAGCUCUCUUCUACUCCCCAUUCUAGUUUCAAAUAUAUCUCUUUUAAUUUAUUAGUAAUCCUGCUCUUGUAGAGGAGUUUUGUGCUCUCCGUUGUUAGAGACUCCAGAUUGUACUUUUCGAUGAACUGUGGGUGUUUUCACUUUUGUUGUGGAUGUUUUCACUUUUGUUGUGGAUGUUUUAGUAGUAUCUUGCCAAGAACAAGGUUGUGAUCAGUCCCCAGGUUAGCGGAUGUUAGUGCUCUGACGUCGAGUACUUGUGCGGGUGUUAUUACUCGAUUUGUGAGUAUGAAGUCUAUCAUCGAUCGCUGGCCUCGAUUGUUAUUGAAAGUGUAUUUGUAUUGGUCUUUAUGUGGAAAGUACGUGUUGUUGAUCCUCACUUCAUUUCUAGCGCAGAAGUCUAUUAGUGCUUCGCCGUUUUCAUUAAUUAUGGCUUCAUUAUACUUUUGCUUUACGCCUGGUAUUACAUCGUUCUCGAUCCGUUCAUUAAGAAUGAUAAUUUCGUCUUUAGUAUUUAUGUUGUCCAUGAUGUUUUGUAGUUGCUGAUAGAAGUGCAGAUAAAUGAUGCAUUAAUUAGAAAUGUAAGGUUUACUAUAGCUUUUCUAAAUAAUUUGUUCAAUAUCUUAUCACUAAUCAAGUCAAAGCCAAGAAUUUUUUUGUAUUGAUAUUAUUUUGGACUAUUUUAUAUAAAUUUUUUUAUUGGCCGAUACUAUAAUCUUGAAUACAGUUGCCUCUUGUUCAUGAUCCACUCGUGUUUAUUCAAGAUUUUUUUAAUAGAUAUUUUGUAUGUAAUUAACAAAAUAAUCCACUCUUUGUUUGUGAUUUAUUGUCCAUGUCAUUUUGUCUCUUUAUAUAGGAGGAAUAUUUAUUGUUUUGACCACCUUGAAUAAAGAAUCUUUAGUGCAUUUAUCAUUAGCCCACUCAGAUACUUGCUGACACGCUUAUUUUUGAUCUUUCUGAUUCCUCAUUUCUAUCUUUAUUGUCUACAGAUCGCUUCUUUUACAAUACUUUUAUGAGGUUUUUAUUUUUUUUUUUAAACAUUUAGCUAAGCUAAGUUUUAAGUUUUUCGUUACAAUUAUUCUAUCAUAUAUAAAGAUCCUUCCAGCACAAUUUUCUCAUUCCUUUUAUAUUGAAGCUUUCUAAGUUGUUAAUUAGUGUGGGUAAUAGUCUAAGAGCUGGUCGCUGUCUCGACUAAGGUACUCGUCACAAAGCUACAAUUUUUUGUAUGAUUGAUUUAAUUAUAGUUAAGUAUCAAAACGUACUUCUGCUUGGUGUGGUGAGGUUGCAAGAAAACCACUUUUAUUUUUAUAAUUGUAAUUUUUUUAAAUAUUGUUUCACACGUCUACCGUUGACAAAUGUUUUAAUUUAUAUUAUCUGGAAUCUGUAAAAAAAUUGGCAGAAUAGUCUUGCGCUUGCAAGUAUCUCCAGGUGAGUUUGACAUUGUGACGAAUGAAUGAAUUUAAUAUUAUACUUUAACAAUAUAAUAAUUUAAUUACAAAAUAGUUAACAAUUACCUUCAGAUUGACUUGAUGUUAAAAGAUAUUUUGACUUGAGUAUCAUUUGUCAUUUAUCUCAAGAGGCAAGAUGACAAUUUUAUAUUUAUGUUCACGUGAUUUUCUAAUUUUCAAAAUAUCAUGACACUUUGAGAAAAUCGCAGACUUGAACUUAAUUAAUUUCACACAAUUAUUGUUUUUACAAAACACACAAACAACUUCUAUUGCUAUGAUACACAGCUGCAUUACUUGUUUCGUCAGGCAAAACAAUGUCACUAUAUUUAUCUCCAAACGCUUGUAUAUUUUUCAACAAUUCAAAUGUUUUUGAUAAAAUUGCAGGCGUAAAUUUUUUCAACCUUUCACUAUCGUCUUAUUUACAAAACUCGCAGACAUUUUUUGGCGUUUCCAUCUUUAGUUUUUUUGGUGUCGAUUUCUCACAUUUUCACUAUAAGUUAAAAAUGACACAGAGCUGGAAUCAAAAAUAAUACUAACAUAUGUUUGAAACAAUUAAUAAUUAAAACAAAGCUGGCGAUGGUAAGCUAGAAAAAAAUCUAUUUGUUAACUUUCUCCGAAAAAGCUAGCGUUGCAACUGACGAACUCAACGGAAAUUUUCCUACAAUAGGCUAAGCACAAAGCAAUCAAUAUGGGGCCUGUAUUCAGGUAUACAAUGUUUAGACGAAGGGCGAUGAGGGAUUGUGACGAAAUAUCUGUAGAAUACGAAUAUACCUUCAAUUUUUCUACAGUAAGAAUAGUAUAUGUAUGUAUAUGGGGUUCGAACACGAAUGCAUCCUCUUCAGAUUAAUUUUAGAAGUAUUUACAACCAAGAAAAUCAUUUUUUUACACGCUUAAAAUGGUAUGAAUUGAAACAUACUUAAAUUGCAGACUUGUUAAAGCAUAUUAUUAAAUAUGAGGAUAUAUUGAAAAAUUCUUAGCCUACUAUAGAACCAAACACAAUUUCAAAGUCAAAAUAUUUUAUUACUCAACAUAUUCCCUCUUAAUUGGAUACAUUUAUUACAGCGAACCUGCAACGUCUCUAGACCUUUCAAAAAAAAAAAUGUUUUUUCUUGCUCUGCAAAGCAGACCUCCACAGCUUUUAUUACCUCUUCGUUGGAAGACUUUUUAAACGACCUUUUAAACUUUUUUUCAGUUGAGGAAAGGGAUGAUAGUCGGACGGAACCAAAUCUGGUGAAUAAGGGGGAUGUUCUAGUAAUUCAAACCCUAAAUCACGAAUUUUUUGCAAGGCAACAUGAGAUUUGUGUGCAGGGCGUUGUCCUGCAAAAACAAACACCUUUGGAUGGUUUUCCGCGUCUUUUCUCUUUAAUUUUUUUCUCGUAGAGUGGUCAGUAAUGUCGAAUAGUAAUCUCCAGCUAUUGUUCUCCCCUUAUCCAAAAAAUCAAUCAUGAUUACUCCAUGGCAAUCCCAAAAAACUGGAGCAAGAACUUUUCCAGCAGAUUUUUGAACACGAAACUUCUUAGGUCUUGGAGAACCUGAGUGUCGCCAUUCCAUCGAUUGUUACUUUAUUUCUGGAUCGUAGAAAUGUACCCAAGUCUCAUCUAUAAUUACAAUUCGUUUUAAGAAGUCUGCAUCGUUUUCAAAUUGAGUACAGAUCGAACGCGAUGCUUCUACCCUUGCACGCUUUGGUCAACAUUCAAACAUUUGGGGAUCCAUUGUGCAGCAAUUUUUCUCAUAUCCAAAUUGACGUGAACUGAUAUUGAUUGAUAUUUUGCACCCAGACAAGUUACCAUAAUCUGAGGUUAUAUCUAGGAGAAAAUUUUUUCAUAUUUCUAACAAGAAACGGUUUUUGUGGACAUAUAACGUGAUAGAUUUGAUAACUUCGUGGUCAUUUAAAUGAAUGUCUUGUCAAAUGUUUUUAUGUAGGGAGGUAUACGUCCAAUUUUUUAAUUUCUAGUAUGGAUAAUCACUCUUGUUCGUAUUAUAAAAGUCCAUUUAUAUUCCAUUGAAGUAACCAGUGCUUUUUCCAUUGUUCUGUAGCUGUUCUGUACCACAGAAGGGUUCGGAUCUCUUGAAGGGCUUGUUGGUCCCCGCUUUAAAGAGCUUAUCAGCUAUUUAAUUUCCCUUCGUUCCGGUGUGUCCUGGUAUCCGUUGUAGGUUAACUUUAUUUCUCUUGCCUAGCUCGUUUAAUUUUUCUAGGCGAUCUCUAACGUGUUUGGAUUUUAUGAUAUUGGAGCUUAGAGCUCUAAGAGGAUGAUGAUCUCCUGUUUGCGAUAGUUCCUCUCUAGAUUGAACCGACCACAUUUUUCAAUUGCAUAUAUUUCUGCUUGAAAAAUGCUUGGUGCGUUGCACAGGCUUUAAGAGUGUUUGGUUCUGGGUCCGUACACUUCUAUUCCAGUUCUGUCUGCUGUUUUAGAGCUGUUUAGUUAAUUUUGUCGGGAUGAUAGUGCUUCCAAAUUUUGGGUUUCCAGAUAAUUCAAAUAAAUAAGUUAAUUUCAUAAUUUUUGAUUGAGAAAUUUGAAAUAUAAAACAUAAUUUUCUUUUGAUUGCUUAAGUACUACUUAUUUAAUGUUCUAAAUACUCAGAUGUUGUGAAUUCAGCAAGAAUAUUUAAUGAAAAAUUUGUUCCAAAAACACUCUACCUGACUAUUCUCGUUGCCUUUCUUUUGCUAUUUCUCUUUCUUAUAUUAGGGGUUGUAUUAUUUAACUGAUGACUAUCAAAUAUCUCAUGAUACUGUUAAUGCUUCUAGGAUUGUUAAUUAUGCUCUCUAUAUUCAAACUAUGUUCAACUUGAUGGUACAACCCUGUAUUUCUAUACCAUUCUGGAAUGAUUGUCCUGUCCAAUAGUUUUGGUUCUUUAAUGUCAUUCAUUUUUUUCUAGCAAUAAGUACAUUUCUUUCAAGUUAAUAUCUAUUUGUUCUCUUGUUUAUAUAUAUUCUAUAAUGUUAAAUAUAUAAAAUAAAGAAAAACUUUCAUGUGAAGGACUUCUUUUCAAUUUCUGUCCAACGGUUUUAUAAAUUAGAAGCCAUUUUAUUCCCUUACAUCUGUUUUUAGUACUAUCGCAUUGUGCUACAACUAAAACUAUUUUUGUUUGUACUAUCGAAUCAAUUUCCUACACUAUUUUUAUUUGUGAAUUAAAAUAAUGUAAUUGCUCAGUUAUUGUUUUUUCCUGGUUGGUUAUAUAACUGCUAUAUAAUAGUUUUUUGAUCGAACGUUCACUCAAGAUAUGUUACCGCCUUUUUUACAAUGAAUAUAUAUUGCAUUUAUUAAAUAGAAAAUAAGAAAAUUCGAAAAUUAACAUAAAUGUAUUUCAAUCGUUCAUGAUAUUUGAAAGGAUUUUUGAUAUACCCAUAGUAGUUGUAAUGGAAGUUAAUGUAUGUAUCAAGAUUUUAGAAUUCUCAGUGGCGCGCGCCUUAAUUAAAAAAUAUAUAUUGAUAAAGAAAAUUUUACAUAAUUGAAAACUAGUAGUCCUUAGUUGUUCUGAAAUUAUUCUAGGCUAGAUAUCAGUCUAACAUCUUAUUUUUAUGACUCAUGCUAAAGCUUUUCAUCUGAUGCAAAUUAAAGAUUUCAGACUGAAACAAAAUUUGAUUAGAAUCAUAGAGAAUCUACUAUAAUAUCUAGCACUUUUUUCCAUUUAUAUAAAUACUGUGGAAUGUAGAGUAUCAAAUACUAUCACUAUUAGAACUAGAGAUCUUUUCGAUUUCAAUUGUCUUGGUAUUGCUAUUGCAGUCUUCUUAAUUCAACUAGACCAUGGGCGCUCUCCAGAAUAAUUGAAGAAUCCUUCGGACGUCACUGGUUUUGAAGCAAAGUUCGUAGGAUUUUCGUAUGUAUAUUUAUAAAAGUUUGACAAUUGCAGGGGAUGUGUAUCGUAGUUUUCUCAUCUAAUCCACAGACUCGACAGUCUGAAUCGGCGGCCCGUGCUCUGCAGUGAGGUCUACUAGAGUAUUUGCCUCCACUCUUUUUAGCUGCAGUAUAAAAAAUGUUUAGCAAUAACAAUUAUAAAAUGUUUAAAACCUUUAAGAAAAGUCAGUACAAGAAAUUGGUUAUGUUCUCAUUUUUCGGUAGUUUGUAACUACUAGUUUUACUAAAGCUAUAUCAUACAAUCACAUAUACACUAAGUAGCAAGGGACGAAGUUACCAAUGCAUGAGGUAUAAAAGGAAACAACAUUGUCGAUGUACAGGCAUGAAUAACAACACCAUUGUAUAGACUUGAAUCAUUAUGAGAUAACAAAAAAUAUUAUGGUAUAAAAAGAUCAGAAUUGGAAUACAAGUCUUCUAGUGAGAAAGAAGUAAAUAUAGGAAUAAUUUUGUGAACUGUGACAUUAAAUGAAAAUUGAAUAUACAAGAUGAUCCAGAAUUCUACACUUGAUAGUACAUCCAAAAAUAAUGGUACUUCUCAAUGUAUCUUUUUUUUUUCUAUAAUUAAACAAUGAAGAAGUACAACACUUGAAAGGGAACCACUUUUUCAAAUAUCUGUAGUUUUGAGUAUGGCGUUCUUAUUUUGGUUGUGAUUGUAACAUGAGAGUUGAAACAAUUUCACAAAAUUUGUCUUUAGACCCUUCUACAAAAGGUGUGCUCUUCUAAUAUUCUUUUAAAUACUUGUAUCUCCUGUAUUUUGCAAUUUUGGAAAAAGUGUUCAUUAUUUUUGUUUUUUUUAUAAAUUGUCUAAAACUUUUUCCUUUCUUGAUAGUUGGCUUUGUCACUAAACUAUCUGGUUUUUGUAACAUAACUUGUUCAUUAUUAUAUGAAAUACUCGCACACAUAAUCAAAAUAAUAUAUUAUGCAAUUGGCAUGAAAUAGCUAUUUCUAAUUAGUUGCAGUUUGUACGUUUUCUACUACUGUUUCCUAUUACAUGUAAAUUAAUAAAUAAAAAACAAAAAUCGAAUAAAAGAUUUAUAUUAUUGUGUAAAGAGUGUAAAACUUUUUAUUUUUAACCAAUUUGCUAGAAUAAGUUACUAAAACGUUUUCUGAAAAUGCAAUUCAAGAAGAGAACACAAGAUUAUUAAUAAUCUUUUUUAUGUUAGUGGUAACAAAGUUUUUAUUUUUAGCAACUUCCUCUAAUUAAAUUAAUAAAAAUGCAAGAAUACAUUCUGUGGGGAGAAGAAAAAAUCUUAUAUACACGGAAUGUAAGUAUAUUUACUUACAUCCCUCAUAGUAUAUUUUUUUUGUAUUAGCUGGCGAUAUUGUCUUUUAGUAUAUAAAAAUCGAAAACUAGUAUUUACAAUUCAAAUAUCAUGAAUGAAAGUAUUAAACUGUAUGUUCUUUUUUGUUAUUGUAGUCUUUGAAAAUCUGUUGUAAAAACUCCACACUAAUUAUAAACCUAUCGAUGUUUGCUAACUUGCAGUAGCUGUUCGUAAACAAAGUACUUAUCAAAAUGAUUUUGAUUAACCAUACAUAUUGAAUGUUGAAGAUAAUCAAGAAAAAAGUAUAUAUAUUGUAUGUGAUAAUUUCUAGGUAUUAAGAAAAGUUAAUGUAUAUUUUUAAUAUUUUAUAUUUUUUGUAUUUUUGUUGUUUAAUUAUAUUUGUAUUGGAACUAUAAAUUUUAAAUUUUUAAAUAAGUGUUGAAAGCAAAAAUGUAUUUGUAAUUGUCGUUUAAAUGGAUAAUUAUUAAUAUCAGAAACUCCGUUAUACAGGUCGUUUAAGAAUAACAUACAAUAAAGUAAGGGUACAUGUAGAUCUCAUUGGGUUAUAUCGUGUACUUUUAUAAAAUACAGACUGUUCAAAAAAAGUUUUAUUGCAAUUUUUUUCAUGAACCUAAUUACCUAAUAAUCAUCAGUAUGUUAUGUCAGUUUUAAUACUCUAUAGAAAACUAUUUUAACUUCUAAAUUUGUUUCUUCUCCUUCUUUCUUUUUUCUUGAUACUUGUUUUAUUCUACUAUUCAGCCUCUUGAGAACUACAUGUCAAGUUUUCGUGCCAUCUCCUCGGAGGUGGGCGGGAGAUCUCCUUGAAGUUGGUUUUUCAUCCUUUGCCUAUUUAGUCCAUCGAUCUUCCAUCAUUCUGCCGACGUGGUGUCUCCAUAAUCGCCGUCUCUUUCUCUAGAAUCAUACUAUAUUUUGAAUCUUCAGAUUUUCUCUUAUAACUUUGCUCCUUUUUUUAUACAUGUUUUCAUCUCUGCUGUCCUCAUCAUAUUCUCCGAUUUUGUUUUGUCCGCAAAGAUUCUUGAGGCCUUAUUUAUUUGGAUUCGUACCUCUUGUUGUUUUUGUCGCUUGUGAUCUCAACUCCUAAAUUUGUACAUUGCAUACACUGGUAAAUGGGGCUGUCGUUCACAGCUAGUUUAUAUCUUGUAGUAACUUUUUCCACAGAACCGAUAUAGCUAACAGUGCAGGCCAUCCUCGUUAUAGCAUAAUAUCUUUAUCUUCGUCCUAUGUUAUACUCUAUAGAAACUUAUAUGAUAUUAAUUAUUUCAUCCAUAAUCAAAUUGAACAAGAUGGGCUCAAACUGUCACCUGGUCGAAUUCCUGUGAGUAUUGGAACUUGUUCGCUAAACUCCUGCUGUGUUUUGUUGUUUUUAUUUAGCUCUUCUAUUACGUUUAUGUAAUUUAAUUAUUUAGGUGUUCGGCGUUCCCGAAGUAUAUCAAUGAUGUCAGCUAUUUGAACUCUAUAAAAUGCGACAAAAUAAAGGAACAGGGGUUUUAGAUAUUGAAUACAUUUUUCAGUCCUUUGUCUUAGAAUGAAUUUUAAUAUGUCAAUAUUCUAAUAACUCACAUUUGUAAGGAGAGAUGUAUAUUUCUUUUAUCAGUUUAUUUCUUUUGGAUCUCUUCAGAAUCCUCAAAUGCUUUCUUGUUGGUAAGCUCUAAUCCAAGCUGAAAACAAUUCCAGCCAGCGCUGCUAUUUGGUUCUUUUUUUUGUGGUUUACACACCAGCAAAUGCUCUAGUCUCUGAUAAGAUGAGAUAAAAUUUCUUUUAUAUACGAGGUGCUUUAUAUUCAAAUAUAUUGUACACAUGGCGCCAAAAAGAGUAUAUAACUACACACG